CAUGUGUCAGCAAACCGCAGCUGCUCUCGUCCUGUUGUUUUGAUCAGCUGACCUGCCUCGGUCACAUGACUCGAUCCUCUUCCUCUGGCUCUGCUCGGCUCCUCUGAGCACCAGCGCGAUCACACACCUUAUAGCGCCGCUGGAUCACAGCUGCAGGGCAGGUGGAGGCACCGCGGGUGGAGGAGCUGCAGAACUCCGUGAGAAAAACGCAGUUUUAGUUUCCGGUUCUGUGUCGGUGGCGGCUGGAAUAGAUCAGCUUGUGCUGAAACACGAGUGCCACUGAGGGUUUGACGGAGGCCGAGUGGACACUGAGGCGGAGACGUGUUUCUGGGUUUUCACCACUUUGUGUGUCAAGUCGUCUGUAGCUGAGCGGGCGGUGUUUGCAGUGUCCGCGUUCGCCUGCUGAGAGGACACAAAACCAAAAGCAUGCCGUCCAACAAAUCGGUGUCAGACGCUCCCAUCACUCAGUUCAUCAACUGCAGGAUCCUGAGGGACAACGAGCUGCAGAGAGAGGACCUGUGGGUGCGUGAGGGGAGGAUUUUAGACCCAGAGAAGCUGUUCUUCGAUGAACAGGGAUACGCUGACAAACGUGUGGACUGUGAGGGCAGCAUCAUCGCGCCGGGCUUUAUAGACGUCCAGAUCAACGGAGGUUACGGCAUCGACUUCUCGCAGGCGUCUGAGAACGUCAGUGAUGGAGUUUCGUUUGUUGCCAAAAAGAUCCUCGAGCAUGGCGUGACGUCCUUCUGCCCGACUCUGGUCACCUCCCCUCCCGAAGUUUACCACAAGGUUCUGCCUCAGGUCAAAGUUCAUGAUGGAGGACCACAUGGAGCCGGAGUUCUCGGUUUUCACCUGGAGGGUCCGUUCAUCAGCGCAGAGAAGAAAGGGGCCCACCCAGAGAAAUACCUCCGCACCUUCAAGUCCGGAGGCCUCGAGGACCUGAUGGAGGUCUACGGCAGCCUGGACGAUGUUGCCAUAGUGACGCUGGCUCCUGAGCUGCCCGGCAGCCAAUCGGUGGUGAGGGAGCUGAGCCGGAGGGGCAUCACUGUGUCCUUAGGUCACUCAGCGGCCGACCUGUCGCAGGCCGAGGAGGCGGUGCAGCACGGCGCGACCUUCAUCACUCACCUGUUCAACGCCAUGCUGCCUUUCCACCAUCGUGACCCGGGUAUAGUGGGUCUGCUGACCAGCGACAGGAUCCCCGCAGGCAGGACGGUUUACUACGGCAUGAUAGCUGAUGGCAUCCACACCAACCCUGCAGCCCUGCGCAUCGCUCACAGAGCUCACCCGUCAGGUCUGGUGCUGGUGACGGACGCUAUCACCGCGAUGGGUCUUCCUCCCGGCCGUCACACUCUGGGCCAGCAGGUCAUUGAGAUCCAGGGUCUCCACGCUUACGUGGCAGGCACCAAGACUUUGAGCGGCAGCAUCGCCACAAUGGACAUGUGUGUGCGCCACUUCAAGCAGGCCUCAGGCUGCAGUGUACAGGAGGCUCUGGAAGCUGCCUCCCUGCAUCCGGCUCAGCUUCUGGGAAUCAGCCACAAAAAGGGAAAGCUGGACUACGGCUCCGACGCAGACCUCGUUCUGCUCGAUGAGGGCCUCAACGUCAAAGCCACCUAUAUCUCUGGAGAGGAGGUUUGGAGAAAAGGACAGUAGGAGAUGAAGAAGGAAACUGGACCGCCUGUGCCUUCGUACAUGAUCGACAUGGUUUUAAUGGACUGACUGAGUGCACCAGGCGCUGCAGGAAAACUGGACCAGAGUGAAAUAUUACUGCACUAUUAGUUUAUUAAAUGUCAGAUGAUGUGCUUUACUGUUAGAUGUAGAAAAUGAUUUCCUGCCUUUCAAACUACCAAAGAUUUCUGUUUAUUACCCUGAAA